AUGAAUCAAAAGUACUUUAUUAUUUCUUUGCUUGUAUUUUUUUUCCUUUAUGUUGAAAAGUCUCACGGGUGUCAUCCUAGUGGAGCCCAGAUUACUUCUUGCACUGAAGAUUGUCCUCAGAUUACCAAUGCCAGUUUUACAAGAGGAAAACUCAAUAUAACAGUUUAUACGUAUCCAGAUUAUCCACCAGAAGCUUUCGGUCACUUUACCUUUAAAGAUGAUCAAGGUCAUGAAUGGAGAUUUUUCAAGAAACCUAUAUUUGUUAAUGACCAUAGUUGUAACCAUAAAGGUGAUUAUGAGAAUAAUCCAUACACAUCUUAUUGGAAUUUUGAUUCAAACCAAACACCUAAGGAGACUUGGUUUGAUAUUUGGCUUGCAGUAUAUGUAGACUGUAGUCUUAGUCCCUGGGGUGGUGCGGAAAUAGACUGUAAUUCUUAUAAUUUACACUAUCGAGGCUGGCAACCUUAAGUCAGCGAGUUGUUUUAUAGCAACAAUUGAUUGACUAUAAAUUCCUUUUUAAAUUAUUGAAACAGAUUGAACUGAUAAUUU